UACUCCUCUCUCUCUCUCUCUCUCUCUCUCUCUCUCUCUCUGUGUAUUGUAUUGUACAUGUACGUGUACGGGCUUCAUUGAAUUGGGUAGUUCAUAAUUGGGUUCGUAGAGGCCCAGUGUCUACUUUAGGGUUUAGGGUCCAAACCCAGUAUCCUCCACUCAUAACCCUUCUUGCGAGGUUAAUCCAGCCCAUUUACCAAAUUCUUUCUUUCUUUUCUUUGUACUGGGUCUGGAUGAGGUGUAGGCGGAGGAUUUGAAGAACGAACUCACAGAUGAGAUAUCAGAAAUCUAUAUCAACUACCACUUUACCAGGCUCAGGCUGAGAGUAGAAAGACUUUCCUAGUUUCCUAUCCACAAGGAACAAAACCGAAAGACAAUGCCUAUGGCCUCUGCAUCUGCUGUCUCAGUGCAAAUCUUUCACACCCAGAGAAGCACUCUUUCUCCUCCUUUCCGUCAUUUCCAGGGUGGUUCUAGCCAAUGUUCCAUGCCAUAUGUGACAUCCACUGCUACUGCUAAAAGGUUGCAGGUCACUCUACGCAGGCCUCCCUAUGCAUCCAGAUUCUCUGCCAAACAUCAAACAAUGGUGUGCACCAACUCUAUGUCAAAUGAUGUAGAGCAGCUGCAAGCCAAAGUAACAACCAAGUGCUUCUUUGACACAGAAAUUGGCGGUGAAGCUGUUGGUCGGCUUGUACUGGGCCUCUUUGGUGACGUUGUUCCUAAAACCGUUGAAAACUUUCGCGCCUUGUGCACAGGAGAGAAAGGAUAUGGUUAUAAAGGAUGCUCUUUCCACCGCAUCAUUAAAGAUUUUAUGAUCCAAGGAGGGGACUUCACUGAAGGAGAUGGAACAGGGGGAAUUAGUAUCUAUGGUUCCACAUUUGCAGAUGAGAGCUUUGCAUUGAAGCAUGUUGGCCCUGGUGUACUGAGCAUGGCUAAUGCAGGCCCUGGUACUAAUGGGAGCCAGUUUUUCAUCUGCACAGUGAAGACUCCAUGGUUGGACAAUCGCCAUGUGGUGUUCGGACACGUGAUUGAGGGAAUGGAUGUUCUGCGGAAACUUGAAUCCCAAGAGACAAGCAGGUCAGAUGUCCCUCGUUUGCCAUGCAGAAUUGUUAACUGUGGAGAGUUGCUUUUGGACUGAAUGCCUUCUUACUCGUCAAAAAGUAUAACUGUGGAAUGCAGUUUUCCGGUUUGUCUAUUCCAGAGUUGUUCUUAACUAUGUAUCUUAGUUUGACUGUGAAAUUAAAUAUACCAGUCAUGCAUCUGAAAGAUUGUUCAUUUCCGCUGAGAAAAGUUCAAAUGGGAAUAUAUAAGCUAGAGAUGAAUGUACAUACAACAUGACGUAUUCUUUUGGACUAAAAACAAAGACACACUUAUCACUAUGUUUUUAGAAAAGAACUACAUGGAGUCAAUUACACGAAUUAUAUGGUAUCAGUUUAA